UUGCUGAGGGAAGGAAACGCUUAAAUUACGCCCAAAUUUGUGACUGCUGUCUCAAGUACUGUAGUACCCCUGGGCGAGCGCUGGUCGUCUGAGUUCCUGAGCUGAAGGAAAUAAUUUUUCCCACCUCGAUAUCCACCCUGUUGUAGAGUCGUGCCGUGGACUUUCUGUGCCGUCGUGGUUCGUUCUGCUUUGUGCUUACCGGUAUCACCAGCCGCUGUUCCAGAUGAACGGGUUAUCGCUAGGAGAGCUGUGCUGCCUGUUCUGCUGCCCGCCAUGCCCGGCCCGCAUCGCCGCCAAGCUCGCCUUCCUCCCACCAGAGCCCACCUAUGCCUUUGUCCCAGACGACUCAGGCCAGCGUUUCUCUCUGCACCUAUCGGAGCGGGCAGAAUGGCAAUACACGCAACGAGAACUGGACUGUAUCGAAGUCUUCAUGACACGUACCAACCGGGGUAAUCGCAUCGCCUGCAUGUUCGUGCGAUGUUCGCCGUCAGCGCGGUACACCCUCCUGUUUUCACACGGUAACGCCGUCGACUUGGGCCAAAUGUCCUCGUUCUACAUUGGCCUGGGAACAAGAAUAAACUGUAACGUCUUCAGUUUCGACUACUCAGGCUACGGCGUAUCGACGGGGAAACCAAGCGAAAAGAACCUGUACGCAGAUAUCGAUGCAGCUUGGCACUCGCUACGAACGAGAUACGGCAUAUCACCAGAACACAUCAUUUUGUACGGACAGUCAAUAGGCACUGUCCCGACGAUAGACCUGGCCUCGCGGUACGAGUGCGGUGCGGUGAUCCUGCACUCCCCGCUCAUGUCUGGCAUGAGGGUGGCGUUCCCCGACACCAAGAGGACCUGGUGCUUCGACGCCUUCCCCAGCAUCGACAAGAUCUCCAAGGUGACGUCGCCGGUUCUGGUCAUCCACGGCACAGAGGACGAGGUCAUCGACUUCUCGCAUGGCCUGGCAAUCUACGAGCGCUGCCCGCGCGCGGUGGAGCCGCUGUGGGUGGAGGGCGCAGGCCACAACGACGUGGAACUGUACGGCCAGUACCUGGAGAGGUUGAAACAGUUCGUGUCGACAGAGCUGACGCAGCCCUGACCAGGGGAACCCUGCCACUCUGUAAACAUGGCACUGUAGCGUGUAGAACCUACAAGUUAUAAGCAUGUCGGCAGAACGUACUGCACCUGCGCGAAACAUCUCAUAUAAGGUCGUAUUCGCGCAUAUAAGAUUAACAUCCUGUCUGUAGUUUCUAAAUGAUGGGUUGCAAAUGAUACCGUCUGCAACAGGAAAUUCUGAUGGAAACGUCCAACGAAAACCAUUGAAAAUCAGGGUUUCGCGCAGGCGCAGUACAUUCUGCCGAUGUGCUCAAGUUAUACAUAUUCCAUGUCAAAUGGUGUAUAUAUGCAUCAACAGAAGAGGUACAAAAUUUGGAGUUGCCAGCUGUGUUUGUUAACUAACAGGUAGUUGCUCCCUUGACGGCUGACACCCCACAACCUGGUUGUAGUGUUUCAUUUUUUUAAAAAUUAUAAUCAGAGCACUAACAGUGUGUGAUCACUUUCUAACUGUUGACAAACAGAUUUCCCGUGCACUCUGUGUUGUAAAUCAACAACAGUCAUGUAUAGGAUUUAAAAAGAAGGAUAAGUUCUUGCUAACUUCUUUGAAGUAGAGUACUUGGUUCAAAGGGGUUAGGAUUUAUUGUUUAUGUUUGCCUGUAGAUCUUUUCAUACAUCCCUUUGUUUUGGGAGAUGCAGGGCACUGUGGUCUAUGUUGUCAUGGUAAAAACUUUGUUUUGCACUACCCAUAGUGCCCUGCAUCUCCCAGCAUGCAUUGAGAUCCAAGCAAAGGUGUAUGUGUUGCAGAGGAAAGAGAUAUGGUGCUUGCAAACUAACUGGACAGGGAAACUGAACAAACUAUUUGACUUUGUUUAUGGUGUUUGUAUGUAUAUGGGGAGUUGGGCUAGUUGUAAAGGUUUUAUUAAUUAGUAUGAUGGGAGGAUGGUUUCCCUUCUGGGUGUAGGGUACUACUAACAGGGCAUGGCAGACAUUUAAAUGCUUCUGCCCCUGGGGUGUCACCAAAAAAAGAAGAGUUCUUGUCUAUAGUAUUUCUUACUUAUGUAGGGGAUAACACUGACACACAGGAAUGUGCUCCAGCACUUUGACAAAAAGGAAGGAAAAAUCAAAGAAUCUUUGAACGCUUGUACUUGUAGAAAAUUGUGUAUGAAAAAAAAAGAUUGUGUAUGAAAUCCAGAAAAAUCAAGACUGCACAAACCCUGUAGUAAGCUGGCUUCAACUUAUUUAGCUGUCUUGUAUAUAUGCUGGGCUUACUUGAGUGUGGAAACCUCAAACCUCAUCGGUCCACAAGUAGUCUGUAAUACUAACUAGACUAAAAGACAAGAUACAAACUAGCAUUAUAUAGAAGUCAGCUGGGUAAGUUGAGGCCAUACACGUGUUUGUAGGGCUGUGUGAAGUCCCAAGUUCACAGAAGUAUCUCAUUUAUUUGUCCCGCCAUUUGUUGUGUAUGUGUCUGUGCCUGUCAACAUGUGUUAGCAUAAUGUGGCAACGCAAGUUCAACAGUAGAUUAUUUUGGUCACAGAUGAAGGUCUUGUCUGCUUUGGCAGAAAUGUUGCUAAAAGGUUGGAAAAAACAUUUGGAGAAAAAGUUUCAAGAGAAUCUACUAUUUCCACCUUAAUUUUUCAACAUCAGGGCAUCAAACUUGGAUCGUAGCCAAGACUAGAGGAUCUGUUGAUUAAUUGGACUUGUCUGGCCUUAACUGGUCCUUAUUUACACAACACAUACUCCAUGGAGGUGGCAAUCUGAUUCUGUUUUGAAGUACUGUUCCUUUCCUUUUUUUGAAAAAAUUGUUUGCCAUGUGAAGAACAAAAAUAUACUUAGCAUUUUGUAUGAUUAGACUGCUAAAAGACAAAUUUCUGAGUCAUAUCUGCUUCAAGUACAUGUUGUAUUUUCGUAUCACAUUUUGUCUUUUGCUGCAACUUUCAUACAACUCAUUCACCAAAAUCAAAGGGAGGACCAAAGAAAUUGCUGACUUGUGCAUACAUAGCCAAGAAAGACAUGCAAAAGUUUCUUUUUAAAAAUAUCACAUGCUCUGGCUUAGGUCUUCAUCACUUAGUUUAUGUUGUCAUCUCAAUGGUAAAAAAAAUGCUGGAAUUGUGUAAAUAUGAUCAUUCUGUAUGGUCUACACUUUGUAGUCCCUCCUUGUACAUACAAUACCAGAGUUUUCCAUCAUGCUGUGUUGGCAAGGCAUCUUUUCUUCACAUGUGUACGUGUACAAGUAUAAUACUGUAGAUGUUGUGUCAAGAGAUUCUUGUAUAUCACAGAGAUUAAUUUGCAGACUAGACAGUCAGUUGAUGUAGUCUUAUGAUAUUUCUCUAAGGACGAGUGCAGGUUUGGAUUUGCAUGUAUUAUUCAGAAAGAAGAUUAAAACAUCAUUGCUCAUAGCUAGCUCAGCUGCUGUUAUAAAGAAGGAAGAGGGCAAAAAUAUAAGUCAAGCUUUGCAGACUUCUUAUGUGAUGAUUGCCUAGUUUCACUUUGAAGAUAGUGCGAUGGAAUUGUGUCCAAAAAAGGCUACACUAUGUAAAUUCCUUGGUUGUCAAACAUUUGUGAAACAAAACUGACUUUAGCAUUGUGAAGAACUAUGUCUAUGUUCACUCACAUUCUUCAAUUCAUUUCUAGAUGCGAAUACAAGUUCUUGGCUUUGUGAAAAUAACUCACCUGGGAUUUUUACUUCUUUAUUUCCUAGCACCAAUGAAUUGUUCCUGGUGUGGCCUUUUGAAGCAAAAUUUUACUGGUGUGAUCCCAACCCAUGCACAUCCAAUGUGUAGGGAGAGGAAGCAACUUGGAAAUGUGCAAUCUUUUGCAGUUUUGGGAGGAACUUUUGUCCAAUCAAUUAUUGCUGUGAAGUGAACCUUGGGUGUGGAUGGGUUUAAGUAUUGGUAUUUGACUGCCCCACUGUGAAAGCUGACAACAAGAAGUUUCUUAGACUUCUGUUCAUAAUAAGGACAAAGAUCAUCAUGGCACCAUACAGGGUUGGCAGAUGUAUGUAACAUUCUCAAAAUUCCUGGGAGUUUCCAAUUCUUGAUCCAAGUGUCUGACUGUUCGUAGUAUUUUAAAUGAAUUUGAAGUAAGUUUGAUGACUACAUACUAAGUACUUUGUCUGGCAUGAAUUAAAUCAUUCCUGUUUAA